AUACAAUGUAAUUAUUUGUUAUUUAUUUCAAGGUAAUAGCCGGGGACCCCGGAAAUAAAAGUUUUCAUUGGGUUUAGUUUACCCAGAAUUCCAAAGUACUUCCUUUCCGACAUUUCCCUUGGCAAAAUGGCUCCAAUUAAGAAAGGCGGCGAGAAGAAGAAGGGACGUUCGGCUAUCAAUGAAGUGGUGACCAGAGAAUACACGAUCAACAUCCACAAGCGCAUCCAUGGCGUCGGAUUCAAGAGGCGGGCGCCUCGUGCCAUUAAGGAGAUCCGCAAGUUUGCCGUGAAGGAAAUGGGAACCCCCGACGUCCGCAUCGACACGCGCCUCAACAAGGCCGUGUGGACCAAGGGCGUGAGGAACGUGCCGUACCGCAUACGCGUUCGCCUGUCCAGAAAGCGCAAUGAAGAUGAGGAUUCUCCCAACAAGCUGUACACCCUCGUCACGUACGUCCCUGUCACAACAUUCAAAGGCAUGCAGACAGUCAAUGUUGAUGAGAAUUAGAAUGCUCUCCAGAUGCUGGUAAAAUAAAAUGGAUGAAAAAACA